CUACACCACAGCUCAUGGCAAUGCCGGAUCGUUAACCCACUGAGCAGGGGCAGGGACCGAACCCGUAACCUCAUGGUUCCUAGUCGGAUUCGUUAACCACUGCGCCACGACGGGUACUCCUGAAAUAAGUUUUAAGAAUUUCACACACAUGAUGUCCUUCAGUACUCCAUAUGACAAAAAUGGUCAUUUGAGAGGUCCUACCCCAGCUUGCAAGAAGAGAGGGUCAAAGAGGCUAUUUGACAAAAUAUAUCAUAGGGCUAAUACCUGCCGUGUAUUGAGCUGGAUGUUGGGAAGUUAUAGGUGAAUGAACAUGCAUGGUACCUGCCCUGGUCAUAGUCUGACAAAGAUUUGCCUUCAUUCAUCACUUUGUUCAUUUAUUUAUGAAACAUGAAUGAACAAAUUCUCAGACCUUGAUCUCAGGUAGUUCACAGCCAAACCGUUGCCUUUCAUGAGUUUCAUGAGUUCAUGGGAUCUCAUGUUUUAGAAAAGAGGCUUGGGAACUCACAUUUUAGAUGUAGAAAGAAUGUGUAAAAUCAUAUAAUACAUGGCAUGUAAGAGUUCAGAUUGAUAACAAAAUUUCUGAAAUAAUCAAGAGGGUUUUUUUUUGUUUGUUUGUUUUUAGGGCUGCAUCCAUGGCAUGUGGAAGUUCCCAGGCUAGGGGUUGAAUCGGAGCUGCAGCUGCUGGCCUAUACCACAGCAAUGCCAAAUCUGAGUUGUGUCUGUGACCUACCCCACAGCACAUGGCAACACUGGAUCCUUAACCCACUGAGCGGGACCAGGGAUUGAACCACCUCCUUGUGGAUACAGAUCUGGUUUGUUGCUACAGAGCAAUGAUGGGAACUCCCCCCAAGAGCUUUUCAUAGUGGUCCUAACUAUAGUAAUUGGAAAAUUGAGUGGAUGAUUUCUAGGCCCCUUUCAAUUAUUAAAAAAAUUGAUUUUAAUGCAUGUUGAUUUUAUCAAUUGCUCUCCAUCUAGAAGAGUCAUAUACCUGAAAUACAUUUAUCUAACUCAGACAAGAUAAAAUUAUAGUUUCUGAGGCCAAACAUCACAUUUUAUUUUCAGUCAUAAGAAAAUGACUUACGGUUUGGGUUUGUCCUAAUAGUACUGGGCAUAUGGUCUGUGUUUGUCCUAAUAGAUCACUGUAGUUUUUUGGCCCUGAGUCAUUACAUCAAAAUGACUUACUUUUAUUCAUAAUUGGAUAUUUAAAGCAGAAACCUGGGGUUACUUUUGCAUGGUCUGAAAUAAACUACUUAGUUGGUGCAGUCAGUAUGUUUUCUGUUGAUGUGUAAAUGUUUGAAAAUACUAAUUACCUAUUAAGUACCAAAAAAUAAUCCUGCUCCAAAUCAACUUUAUGUCAGUAAAGGAGAGAGAUUAGAAUGAUUGCCUCAGAUUAGCAGGGAAAAAGUUUGCAAAGAAGCUCUUUCAUUCAGUGCCUAGGUCUCAUUUUUUACCUGGACACCAUGACAUCACUGCUUUUCAGCAUAGGCAAAGUGUCUGAGUACUUCACAUGACGGCUAUGCUGACUUACCUGAAAAUGUAACCCAUUUGUACAAUUGUUGUCACCCUCAGAAUCUUGGAGUACCGGACAAAUACUGGUUGAAAGGCAAGUGUAGAAGAAUGUGGACCAGUUUUGAAGAUCUCCAAGGCCUACCACCCCCUUAUUUAGAAGGCAAGAACUAUGGUGAGCCAAGGAUAUGUGAUUCGGAUUUCAAAGGGCCUGUUGUCAACAGGAAUUGUACAGAUGUGCUGUGCUGCAUGAUCUUCAUACUGUUCAUUAUUGGCUACAUUCUUUUAGGACUUGUGGCCUGGGUCAAUGGUGACCCCAGGAGAGUGGCCUAUCCUACAGACAGCCAGGGCCACUUUUGUGGCCAGAAGGACACCCCCAAUGAGAACAAGACCAUUUUGUUUUACUUUAACCUGCUCAGCUGUACCAGUCCCUCUGUGGUGUUAAACCUACAGUGCCCUACCACACAGAUCUGUGUCUCCAAGUGCCCAGAAAAAUUUUUAACCUACAUGGAAAUACAAUAUAUGUACAGAAAAGACAACAGCUAUUUGACUUACUACAGCCAGUUCUGCAAGUCUGCUUUUGUUAAACCUGCGAAGACUCUCACACAAGUUUUACUGGAUAAUGAUUGUCCAACCGCGAUUUUUCCAAGCAAACCUUUUCUCCGAAGAUGUUUCCCUGACUUCUCUACUAAAAAUGGCACUUUAACAGUAGGAAAUAAGACAGAGUUUGAAGACGGAAGUGGAAGGAGAAGAAAUGCUGUAGAACUCAGGGCAGCUGCAAAUGGUAUCAAUAAAGCCCUUGAUGCAAGGGCAAUUGGAAUGAAAGUGUUUGAAGACUAUGCAACAACUUGGUAUUGGAUUCUCAUUGGCCUGACUAUUGCCAUGUUCCUAAGCUGGAUGUUUGUGGUACUCCUGAGGUUCACAGCUGGAUUCCUCUUCUGGAUCUUCACCUUUGGUGUCAUUGGGAUUAUAGCUUAUGGCAUAUGGAACUGUUACCAGGAAUACAACAGUCUUCAGGAAAAGCCAAAUUCUCACUUAACUAUAUAUCACAUUGGGGUUCAGACUGACAUAAGCAUGUACUUUCAACUGAGACAAACGUGGUUCAUACUUAUGAUAAUACUCUGCAUCCUCGAAGUGUUUGUCAUCCUCGUGCUGAUCUUCCUCAGGAACCGAAUCCGUAUCUCCAUUGCCCUGUUGAAGGAGGGGAGCAAAGCCAUUGGAUAUAUCCCUACUACAUUAAUUUAUCCAGUUUUAACUUUCAUUUUCCUCUCAAUCUGCAUUUCCUAUUGGGCUGUGAUAGCAGUUUACUUGGCUACAUCGGGGGUACCCGUAUACAAAGUCAUAACCCCAAAGGGGCAGUGUAUACAUGAAAAUAAAACCUGUGACCCACAGACUUUUAAUACAACUGAAAUUGCCAAAGCUUGCCCUGGGGCCCAGUGUAACUUUGCUUUUUAUGGUGGAAAGAGCCUGUACCAUCAAUACAUCACUACCUUCCAGAUAUUCAAUCUAUUUGUCUUUCUCUGGCUUAUAAACUUUGUCAUUGCACUGGGUCAGUGUGCCCUUGCUGGUGCCUUUGCUUCUUAUUAUUGGGCCUUGAAAAAACCUGACGACAUCCCUCCAUAUCCACUUUUUACUGCAUUUGGACGAGCCAUAAGAUAUCACACAGGAUCCCUAGCAUUUGGAUCUUUAAUUCUUGCAGGAAUUCAAAUGUUUAGAUUAAUCCUAGAAUACUUGGACAAACGUCUCAAAGAGGCCCAGAACAACAUUUCUAAAUUCCUAAAAUGCUGCCUGAGAUGCUGUUUCUGGUGUUUGGAAAAAGCGGUAAAGUUUUUGAACAGAAAUGCCUAUAUUAUGAUUGCGAUAUACGGCAAAAACUUCUGCAGGUCAGCAAAAGAUGCUUUUAAUCUGCUGAUGAGAAAUAUUUUAAAAGUUGCAGUUAUGGAUAGAGUUACAGACUUUGUACUAGUCCUGGGGAAGAUUCUAGUUGCUGGGUGUAUAGGUGUCCUGGCCUUUCUACUAUUCACAGAAAGACUCCCAAUGAUUAUAGAAGGACCAACAUCUUUAAAUUACUACUGGGUACCUUUGUUGACAGUCAUUAUUGGAUCUUACCUAAUUGCACAUGGAUUCUUCAGCAUCUAUGCAAUGUGUAUUGAAACAAUUUUUAUCUGCUUCUGUGAAGAUCUGGAAAGAAAUGAUGGAUCUACAGAAAAACCCUACUUCAUAGCCCCUACCCUGCACGGAAUUCUGAACAAGAAGCAACUAGUUCCCCAGAAGCAGAAAGAGUAGAAAAGCUCCAAACAGUGCCACAUAUUUUUAAGUAGAAGUUUUAUAAUUUAGGUUAUUUGUAAAUUUGAAAAUGAUGCUUUUAUGUAAUGUUGAAAUUUCAGUGCUUAUUCCUAAAAAGCCAGAACCUGGCAGCAUCUGACCUAUCAGGCAACUGAUGACAGUAGCCUCUGUGAACUAGGAUAUUUUAUAGACUGUCGUCCCAGCUGAAGAGCAAGGUGUAAAUUUUACUUUUUUUUUUCAAAGUCUAGCCAAAAGUGUUUCCAAAAUUUUUAUAGCUUAGCGUGCUGUUUCCCAUUGCAGCACUUUGAUAGCCUUUCUUUUUAUAAAUGUAUAUUUGUAAAGGAUAUUCAGGCAAUUUUUAAAAAAUACUAUAAAUGUAUAAUCAACUAGCCAUAAAAAGAUUGCUUUGUAGUUAACUGGCAUAUGGUACUAAAUUUGUAUAUAUGGUGCUAUGAUUAUAUUUAUACUGUUCAAGCUAGUGGACAACUCUCUAAACUGUGAUUAAACUUGUAUUAAUGUUUCCCUAGGAAGUAUAUUUCAGUAAGUGAUUCAUGGCGAUAACAAACAUAUAGAUGUUAAUGUUAUACAGGUUCCACAGAGAAAAUUCCUAGGUAAAAAUUACUGAGGAACCUUCAGAGCCCAUUUCAUUUUAGUGAAAUUAUAUUUACAGUGAAGCUGAAUCUGAGUUCUAUAAUGGCAUUUCCAAGGAUAUGAACCUCUGGCCACUGUGAAAACAUAUUCUGAACAGAAUCGAGAUGGCCACAUAAUUCAUGCCACUUGUCUGCAACCCAAAUAGAGACAAAUCGCUAUUUUCCUAUGCCCACCAUAUAGAAAAUCAGUAUCGAUCUGCUUCAGAAGAGUGAUUAUAUGUUUUACGAGCAUGCCUAUUUUUCUAGAUUAUAGAGAUGGUGUGGCUUUACUCUAUAAAAGGUUUAAUUUUUAACUUAACUUUCAGUGAAGAAAAGAUAAGACACUUCAGAUUUUACCCUAAGGAAAUAUUAGCCCUCACAGGUACUCAUCUGGUAUCCACAAGGGGCAUACAAUGGGUUAGGAACUCUCUUCCUGAAGGUUUUAGGAGGAACGUUAUUUUUAUACUCUACCCCUGCUGGCCAGAGAAACAACCCAGGAUCUGGCAGCCAUGCGUUAGUCUUUUGCAUGGUGGAGCAAAGCAUGAAUCAGACACUGAUGUACUUUGCCUAUCCAUCUGCUGUAUGCAAGUGCAUUUGACAUGGCCAACAGUGUAGAAAUGUACCCCAGAAGGAGCACUGAAUCAGUAGAAUCUUUUGGCUUUUACGCUAAGUUUGUGUACAGGAUUAUUUAUGUCUUGACAGAAAGGAACAUCAAACAUUUUGAUCUGAAUAUGAUCCAUGUAUCCAAGAAAAGAUAAAUAUUGUAAUGUAUUAUAAAUUAAUAUCAAUACUAAUUUAUUUAAUGAUCCUGAAGUGUGGGAACCUAGAUUUAGACUCAUUUCAUAGCAGCUUAAAAGCAAGAAGACAAUGACUAGGGAAGAUUUUUAAAUGAUCAGUCCUUAUAAUGGCCACCAUCUUGUUCCUGGCUUACUUCCUUGCGAUUAUUGUCAGAAGUCUUAUUUGGCUUCAUAUCUUGGCAAAGGGCCUUCUUCACUCUCAUGCUGAAGAAUAAUUCAAAGAAGAGUGAUAACCUUUCUAGGUGGUUAUUAUUAUUAUUCAACAAUACAGGGGUACGGAAAUAUCCAGUAAAAUAGUUACUUCUAUCUUUAGUGCUGAAAAAUUGUAAGGAAUAAAUUCUCUUUUAGGAGUCAUUGAAACAUUCACAAUGAUGCAACAAAAAAAAUUUAUUUUUUUUGGUGUAUGUAUCAGAAUCACUCUGAGACCUUGCUAUAAUAUAGAUACGUUUACCCUGACCCCAAGAGAUUCUAAUAUAAGUAUUUUGGUGUGGGGCAGCUUGUGAAUUAUUAUAAGGUCUUCCAGUGAUUCUGCUAUAUAUAUAAAAGUUGGCAAAUCACUUGAAUAAAAUAUAAAUCAACAUGUUUGAAACUAGUUGCCUAUUUUCUCCUUAUAUUCUUAUCAAAUCUAGGAGUUAAGAAAUUAAAAGACAAAGGAGAUUAGUUUGGAGAAUUCUAACAGUCAUAACUUCUGUAUUUUAGAUUCUUGGUACUAGUUGGGGCCUAUAUACUAAAUAUUUAGCAUUAAAUCUGCUGAUGAGACCAGAAAAUUCUCCACAGUAAUUCACUGAACUAUAUGGAGAUACAUUCUAAACUUGGCUAUAUUUUUAAGAAUAUAAUCCUUGGGUGCAAAAUCAUAGGAAAAGGAAUAUUAUUUGGGUCAAUAUUUCUUAAUUUUUUAAUUAACUUGAAUCUCUAAGUAUGGAAGUUUUAACUAUAUUAUGUGCUUUGUUCUAGUCAGAAAAUGUUUUUCAUUAAUUACUUUGUAUAAUCGAAAUUACACAAAGUAAAAAUGAGCAUUGUUUUUAACAAAAAUCAUUUAGAAACUUUCUUACAAAAGAAAGUAUAACAAAAAAAGCAAUAUUUUGCAAAAUAUGUUCUUCAAGGAUUUGAAAUACACUAAAAUUCUACAAAUCUUUUUUAAAAACUACUAAAUUGUUGAUUGAAAAAUAAAAGCAAUUUUGAACUAAUAUGGUAAUUUAAGAGGCAAACCAAAUACCUAAUACUUUUUAGGAAUUUGAAGGUGAAUUUACAAAUUCCUCCUACAUCUUCUGGUUAUUGUAUAAUUACAUUUGUUCUUCAAAAGAAGCUAAAAUUUAUUUCCUCAGUCAUGCAGCUGAGAGGCAUGUGCUAUUGGCAGAAUCAGACCUGGUACACAGAAUGAGAUAAUAUCUUCCUGACAUAAUAACAAGGGCUGAUUGUUCUCUGUUAUGUUUACAAUAAUGUUGGUGCCAAACUAUGCUGUUUUUCCAAGUAACAUUUUGAACUGCUGUAAAGGAAGUAUGCAGCAGGUGGCGAUGUGACUUCUCUUACAGUUUUGCAUUGAUAUUUACCCUGUGCCAUUCUUCCUCCUAGUGGAAGAUUUAGAACGAAAUGAUGGUUCUACUGAAAGACCCUAUUACAUGAGUCAAUCUCUGCUGAAGAUUUUGAAAGAGCCAAAUGUGCAAACUAAGAAGCGGUAGAAGUGCAAACUCUGGUGAUCCUGCAGCGAUGUUACCUUUCUCUCAUCUGCUGUGUCUGUGCUAUACUCGUUUCAUAAGUGCUUUGUGUAUGGAACACUGUAUUCAUGACCUUGUUGCUUUUAUUUGCAUGUUUUAUACCAAAGCUUAUACUGUAACAAUGUGAAGCCAUCAGAAGUUUCAAGGGAAUUGGUAAUAACAUGGAACAUUUUUUAUACUAUAAUCUUUUGUUUUGUAAUUCAUUUUUUAAUAAAUUGGCUUGGAUGUUUUGGAGAUGCCAGUGUAUAUGUUAAUAUUGUUUAAAAUUAUUAGAUUGAAAAAUGAGAUGUUACUUAAAUUGAUAGCUGCUAAUAUAUUUUUAAGGUUAUGACUAAAAAACUUCUGCAGGGGAAGUUGGUGAAGGAAGUGAAAUAGAAGAUUUUAAAGUUUUUCCCACUCCUGUUUGACAGUACAUCUGUAAAAAGAGCACUCCACUCCAGAUUUUGCUCUAGGUAUAUAGACUGUUUCCUAUUAAACAAAUUGUCAGUUAUCCAGCCUUUACUACUUCUUCCUCUCUGACAAAGUGCCUUACUGGCUGUUUAAUAUUACCCAGCUUUUGUGGGCAAGUUUACAAACAUGGUUUUAAAAAAAAAAAAAAAACACACACACACAACUGCAAUGUUUUAGUGA